GCGGCCGCGGCCCAGGACGAGCUCUUCGUCGGCGCCGUCGAGAGCCUCGACUACGAGGUCAUCGAGAACUACGCCUACCGGGAGGAGCAGGCCCAGCGGAGCAAGUUCUGGGUGCCCUACUACAUCAUGCUCAAGUGGUUCUUCGCCCUGCUCAUCGGCGUGGGUACCGGAUUGGCUGCUAUAUUCAUAAAUUUGGCCGUUGAGAACUUCUCUGGAUGGAAAUUUACUUUGACUUUUGCUAUAAUACAACACUCAUAUUUUGUGGGGUUCUUGGUGUACAUUCUUCUCAAUCUAGCCCUCGUCUUCUCUUCUGUAUACAUAGUCACACAAUUUGCACCAGCAGCUGCUGGAUCUGGUAUCCCGGAGAUCAAAGGUUACUUAAAUGGAGUUGAUACACAUGGAAUCCUACUUUUUAGGACAUUAGUUGGGAAGAUUUUUGGGAGCAUCGGAUCAGUCGGAGGUGGAUUGGCUCUAGGAAAAGAAGGUCCUCUUGUUCACACUGGAGCCUGCAUUGCUUCUCUUCUUGGGCAAGGUGGAUCCGCGAAGUACCACUUGAAUUCUAGAUGGGUACAGAUUUUUGAAAGUGAUCGAGAUCGGCGAGAUCUUGUGACAUGUGGAUGUGCAGCUGGAGUUGCUGCCGCCUUCAGAGCUCCGGUUGGUGGGGUACUAUUUGCUCUGGAGGAAGUUACAUCCUGGUGGAGAAGCCAUCUUAUGUGGAGAGUAUUCUUUACAUCUGCUGUCGUGGCUGUUGUGGUGCGAUCAGCAAUGAAUUGGUGUAACAGCGGAAAAUGUGGUCAUUUUGGGGCUGGUGGUUUCAUAAUCUGGGACAUAUCUGGAGGUCAAGAAGAUUACUCUUACCAGGAACUUCUGCCGGUGGCAAUUAUUGGUGUUAUUGGUGGACUUCUUGGAGCGCUAUUUAAUCAACUCACCCUGUAUAUAACUAAAUGGCGGCGAACAUAUCUUCAUAAGAAAGGGAAACGAGUCCAGAUCUUUGAAGCUUGCCUCAUAUCUUUGAUAACAUCCACUGUUUCCUUUGUGUUGCCACUACUGAGGAAAUGCAGCCCAUGUCCUGAAUUAGAAACCAGUUCUGGUAUCCAGUGCCCUCAUCCACCUGGAACAGAUGGGAAUUUCGUUAAUUUUUACUGCUCAAAAGAUAAUGAAUACAAUGAUCUGGCAACCAUUUUCUUCAAUUCUCAGGAUGAUGCAAUACGCAAUCUGUUCAGUGCAAAAACAUUCCAUGAGUACAGCGCACAAAGCCUUAUCACCUUCCUGGUCAUGUUUUACUCCUUAGCUGUUGUAACAUUUGGAACUGCUGUUCCAGCUGGUCAAUUUGUCCCAGGAAUAAUGAUUGGAUCUACGUAUGGCCGGCUUGUUGGAAUGUCUGUUGUUAAGUUCUAUAAGAAACUAAAUGUUGACGAGGGCACGUAUGCUCUACUUGGUGCUGCUUCGUUUCUUGGUGGUUCGAUGAGAAUGACUGUGUCUUUAUGUGUUAUUAUGGUUGAGAUUACAAACAACUUGCAACUCUUGCCAUUAAUCAUGCUUGUUCUUCUAAUCUCUAAGGCUGUUGGUGAUUUUUUUAACGAGGGGCUAUAUGAAGAGCAGGCCAGAUUAAAGGGCAUCCCUUUACUUGACUCUAGGCCUAAACAAGUGAUGAGAAACAUGAAUGCGAAGGAUGCCUGCAAGAAUCAAAAGGUUGUGUGCCUUCCUCGUGUUUCAAGAGUUGUUGAUAUUGUUUCUGUUCUGCAAAGCAACAAGCACAAUGGCUUCCCUAUUGUUGAACGUGGGCAGAAUGGCGAGUCACUUGUCAUAGGUCUCAUACUUCGGAGUCACUUGUUGGUGCUUUUGCAAUCUAAAGUAGAUUUCCAGAAUACUCCUUUCCCUUGUGGGCCAGGCAUACUGAACAGGCACAAUUUUAGCGACUUUGUUAAGCCAGCUUCAAGUAAGGGAAAGUCAAUUGAUGAUAUUCAUUUGACGGAUGAGGAACUUGGGUUGUAUUUAGAUCUUGCCCCAUUUCUAAAUCCGUCUCCUUACAUAGUGCCAGAGGACAUGUCUUUGGCAAAGGUGUACAAUCUCUUCCGCCAACUGGGAUUGAGGCAUAUAUUCGUCGUUCCUCGGCCUUCUCGUGUCGUAGGACUGAUAACAAGAAAAGAUCUCUUACUUGAGGAGGAUGGCAAUACCGCGACAACAGAGCUCCAGUCGACCAGUGUAAGAGCCUACCUGAACGGUAAAACGGCAGGGGGGAGCGCGCACCUGGAGCGUCCUCUUCUUGACACUAUGAUCGGAGGAGUAAAUACAUAGCACAAUAUACGGAGGAUCUCAAAGAUAAUUUUGAUAGCAAGCAGUUAACCUUCCACUGAAUGGUACACAAACCAAGCAACGCCCAACGAGCUACAGGCGCAGGAUUCUUCGAGGUCGAUGAUGCAACGGGAGGAUGGCCCCAUGCGGUGGUGACUAAUUAGGCGAUUGUAAACAAAAAUGUUUAGACUCACUGAUGUUUGUAGCCGUUAUCCAUGUAAACCACGAGAAACUGAAAUUCUUUCGAGUAAAUUGCUUCUCUGUAGGUUGACA